GUCGGCGUAGAUGUCUGAUUUCUGCAUUAAAUAAAACUUGAGAAAAAAAGGUGUAGAAAGAAAAAAAGUUAAAGUAAUUUUUUUUUAAACGAUUAGGCGUAUGUAUUUGGAUUGUUUAAUUGGAAAAAAUGUGUGUCAUUAUAUAGUUAUUAAUUAAAGUGCCAAAAAAUGUAUAAAUAAAAGGUAGCAAGCGCGAAUUGGACAAAAAGAAAAACAAACCACAAAUAUGAUUCCUUAAAAGAAUGAAAUGAAACACUCUCACACAAAACUAAUGAAAAAAAAUAAUAAUUUUGUCUGCCACCAAGUACUAGUCACAGCAAUAAAAUAAAGUAAAAAAAAAACAUUACGAAGAAAAUACGUAAAGUUAAAUAAACAAGGAAGACAACAUCAUUUGCAUUUAUUGAUACAAGAUUAACAAUUUUAUUUAUUUCUAAACAAUACACAUUUCUUUUAUAAUUAUUAAUAUUAGAAAUAAAUUUGCCACUUUAAAGGCAGCAGCAGUAGGCAAACAAAUAGACACACGUACACACAAACACAGAGUAAAUUUACAAAAUGGGUAAUAAAAAUUCUUGCUGUGCCUAUUCGAGUCCACAAUCGGAUCGAAAAUCAAAAGACAUACCGCCCGUUUACGAAGAACGUCAUCAUAUACACCAGCACAACUCGCAGCAUCAAUUGGAUGGCCAUGGUCAUGGUACAGCAUCUACUGCGGCCGUACACCACAACGAAGAGUUGAAUGACAAUCCACAGCAUCUGCAGCAUAUCUCGGAACGUGAGGGUGUAGAGGGGGAGGAGGAUCCCUCGGUAGAUCCUACAGCAGCCACAAUGUUUUUAGAACGCUCCAAGAUUGAAAAUGGUGGUAUAACACGCAAAAGAUCUCAGCACCAAAUCGCUCAACAGAAUUCUACGGGAGGAUUGAAGAAAAGUUCUUCAUGUUCUACCAUCUUUUUAGAUGACAGCACUGUAUCACAGCCAAAUUUAAAGAACACGGUCAAGUGUGUGUCACUAGCCAUUUACUAUCACAUUAAGAACAGACAGUUCGAUCGGCGCUUAGAUAUAUUCGAUGAAAAACUACACCCCUUGACACACGAUCCGGUGCCCGAUGAUUACGAUACCCACAAUCCAGAACAUCGACAGAUUUAUAAAUUUGUGCGCACUUUAUUUAAUGCCGCCCAGUUGACGGCUGAAUGUGCCAUUAUCACACUAGUCUAUUUGGAGCGUUUACUAACGUAUGCCGAAUUAGAUGUGGCUCCCUGCAACUGGAAGCGCAUGGUAUUGGGCGCCAUUUUAUUGGCCUCCAAAGUAUGGGAUGAUCAGGCCGUUUGGAAUGUGGACUAUUGUCAGAUCUUAAAAGACAUAACGGUGGAAGAUAUGAAUGAGUUGGAACGCCAAUUUCUAGAACUAUUACAGUUCAACAUUAAUGUACCCUCUUCAGUGUAUGCCAAGUAUUAUUUCGAUUUACGCACACUAGCCGAGGCCAAUGAACUAUCAUUCCCCACAGAACCUCUAUCGAAAGAGCGAGCCCAAAAGUUGGAGGCCAUGUCGAGGGUCAUGCAGGAUAAGGUCACAGCUGAGGCUUUGAAGAAUGGCAUUAAGAAAUGGUCCUCUAUGGACAAUAUCAGCCAAGGUGGACCCAGACGUAGUGUUGCUAUACUAUCGUGAUUUUUAUUAGUUUAUUAAAGUUGAAACAAAAAAAAAAAAAGAAUAAGAAAAAAAUAAAAUAAGGUUCACUUAUCCAAUCCAAAGUUAUAAAAAAAAUGGUUUGCUGCAACCUACAUUAUGAAGCAAAAAGAGAAAAGGAAACCAAUUGCCAAAACAUAUUUCUAUUAUGCACACACCCACAACCAAACAACAGAGAGACAUUAAAACACACACUCACUUUACUCACCCACAGACGGACGGUUGGACUGACAGACAGACGACGUUUAGACAAACAAACAUAGAACUAACAACAUUUCUCUCGAAAAUAAAACAUUUUUUAAAGCGUUUGCUUAGCAAAAUGCUAAAAUACUAGAUACGAAAAUGAAAAAAACAAACGAAAUAUUAAGUAUAAAUGAAAUUAAUGUUGCGAUCAAAUCGGGUUCCCAAAGAAUUUUUAAUUUUGAAUUAGUAAAACUAUUGAAAUUUGAUAAGAAUGGUGGUUCGUUUUUCUCGGAUCAGAAUAGAAACUACAACUUGGUUUUAUAACAGAUUGAUUCAAUUAGUAUUCAAUUUAAUAAUUCUGACCCUUAAAACUAUAACAUUUCUAAAAAAAGAUCUAAAACUUUAAAAUAAUCCAAAUUUAUAGUAAAACUCUCAAUAUAGUUUUAAGUUCUAACAAUUCGAACAAAAUAUUAAAGAAUUCUCAAAACUACCUUAAUGGUAUCUAUUAAUCUCUAACUCAAAUCAAAUAAAUUGUACUAUAACAUAGUACAAACUUCCUACCCUAAACCAAGAGACUUAUUUAGGAAUUAUUUUUCUACAAAAAAA